AUGAAAUGGGAGAAAAGAAAAUACGUGGACGAUGUUCAGAAUGCUAUAAGAAAUAUGGAAGAAAUAUGGAAGAAAGGGAAAGGAAGGCCUAAAGUAGCGAAAGCUUUUAAACAACAUAAUAAAUCUGUGCCUGUAAUUCAAAAAGAAAAAUCACGAUUAUCUGUAUCAACAAAAGCAAAAUCUCGGUUAACCGUAGAAUUACAAUUUAUUAAAAAGCAAAAGAAACUUGACGAAGAAGAGCUACGUAUAAUCAAUAAUAGGAAACGUGAGUUACUGAUAAAAGAAGCAGAAAUUCAGAAUUUGAUAUUGGAAGAGCAAGAUAGUGAUGAUGAACUGCCAGCUUCAGAAAGGCUUUAUGACCCCCUGGGAAAUGAUACUGAUAAGCUUCAGUUCGUAACAUUAAUGGACACUUCCAAAUUUUCUGUACAUUCGGAGAGCUUUCCUAUAGAAACACUAAAUAAUUUAAUUCAAAUGUAUCCCAGUAAAUUAAAUGACUUACAAAGAACAUCUGAAAUGCCGAACUUUAUUAACAAAAAUACACGUGGGCAAAGAGACGAAGAUCAUAUGAGAACAGCCGUUAGAAAAGUGCUUGAUAACGAAUUGACAAUCAGAGAGGCGGCAAAAGAUAUGGUGUUCCCAAAAGUACGCUUGCUGAUAAAUGAAGAUUUUAAUCUUCAUUUUCGGUACCCUGUGACCGAUACUUGCAAAAGAUGUGAUUCUUAUAACAUGAAAAUAAAAAAUUCUAAUGGUGUGGAAAAAAGCACAAGGGAAAGAGAAAAAGAGUUACACCUACGGAUGGCAACCAAAGAUAAGGACACCACAACGACCAUCGCGUUUGAUUUGAUGAAAACUUUAGCAACUCCCAAUAUUUCUAUGGGAGUAGCAUAUUAUACAAGACAGCUGUGGACGUAUUGUUUGGGCAUACAAAAUCUCACCACAGAUCAAGCACACAUGUAUGCAUGGCCUCACGGGGUCUGCAAGAGAUUGGCUCUUGCAUUAUGCACUAUAUGA